AUGACAGCCAAGAUUUUUGAAGAUUGGUUUUUCCACAAGUUUGUCCCAGCUGUCCGUGACCAUCUCCGAUCACGGAACUUGGAGGAGAAAGCCAUCCUCCUAUUGGAUAACUGCCCCGCCCAUCCCCCAGCAAGUACAUUGCAGUCACAUUAUGGACUAAUAAAGGCAUUCUUAUUGCCGAAAAACACGACCUCCCUCAUUCAACCGCUCGACCAAGGGAUAAUCAAAGCAUACAAGGCACAUUAUCGGAGAUUUUUAGUGAGUGCGUUGGUGGAUAGAGGAUUGGACCCUGUUGCGUUCCUGAAGACAGUCACAGUGAAGGAUGCUGUUCUUCACACAUCCAAAGCCUGGAUGAAGGUGACGCCAGCCACCAUCAACAACUGCUGGAUGAAAGGACUUGGACCAGCAUUCGGGGUUGACGAAGAUUUCGUGGGGUUUCAGGAAGAAGAUGUCAUCGAUGCUGUACAAAAGUUCCGCGACUAUGCUAAGGAGAACAGCAUCGAUGUAUCCCAAAAGACGGCCAUGAUGUGGAACGCGUGCGAUGACAACCUGCCGAUUGCCGAACUUCUCAACGACCAAGUGUUGGUUGCCGCAGCAAUGCCCGUCGAAAUCAUCGACGAUGAAGAGGAAGAGGAAAACAGUGACAGUGAAAACAGUGUACAGGCAAUGGCACCCUCCGUUCGAGAUGCCAUUUAUGGGGCCGAGCUUUUAUUGCGGCACUUAGAAAAAAGUGAAAAAUACGAACAGCUACACGUGAUGCAAGUCCGCUGCAUACUGUCACAACUUAGAAACGAGGAACGUGACAGUCAGAAACAAUACAAAAUUAGUGACUUUUUUAGUAAAUAG